CAUCCAACUCACGUAAGGGGUUGCCAGCUUUUGAACUAGCAAGUGUCAGGGAGAAAUGGCGGGAUCUCGUGGAACCCUAGAACCAGACGUCCCGAUGGAGCUUUCGACUCUCUUCCAAAGGAACGGACAAUUGAUCGGAUUUUGCUAAGUCCCGGCUUCUUGGUUUAACGCGCUUCCAUGGAGAGCAAGCUGCCCGUCCGUUGCAGCGAGAACGAGAAUGUUGCCUUGUACCUCUGGACAAAGAGGAAUGAGAUAGUCGAGCGCGGUGGGAUCACGGACAAUCUCGACUUGACGCUUACUAAAGCCUACCGUAACAUCUGCAGCUGCAAGGCUCCCAUCAAGACCCUCAAAGAUCUUUCUCAGAUCAAAUGCAUAGGAAAGUGGAUUAUAAGGCUCAUGCAUGGUUGUUUUCCCAAUGAUCCUCCUGCGGGUGGUUCUCCGACCAAAAAUAGCCUCCAAAAUGGGAGGAAAGCUAAAGGACCCAAGCGAUAUGUUCCACAGAAGAAUUCCGUGGCAUAUGCAUUAUUAAUUACUCUUUACAGGGGAAUUGCGGACGGUAUUAAAUUUAUGAAGAAACAAGAGCUAAUUGAUGCUGCUGAAGCAAGCGGGCUCUCACGGAAUUCAAUCAGGCCUGAUAAAGUCAAAGGGAAACCUGGGCAAUUUGGGAGCUCACCCAGGGACUGGUAUACUGGAUGGAGUUGCAUGAAGACAUUGAUAUCAAAGGGAUUGGUUGCAAAGUCUAGCUGCCCUGCAAAGUACAUGCUAACCCAAGAAGGGCAACAAGCAGCAAGAGAAUGCCUCUUGAGAUCUGGUUUGUCUGAUGUUGUUGCAGACCUGUCUACAGGAAUCAUAUCUCCUAUUGUUGUUGGUGGGCAGAAUUUAGACGCUAUCUCUGUAGUAUCCAUAGAUGAUGAACCCAUGAUGGAUUCAUCCAACAAAAGUGUUCAAGCAAGACUAAAUGGUACAUCUUUGAACUUGCUUGGCCAGAAUUCUCGAAGUGGUUCACUUGAAUCUUUUGAUUCUAGUUUUAAAUAUCCUGCAAAUGAUUGGUCCGCUACAUCAACUCGUUGCACAUCUUUGAACAUGGACAAUUGCAGAGAGUACGACUCUUAUGGUGAUUCAAAUCGGCCAAGUUCAGCUUUCAUUGGUGCAGCUCCAUGCUCUUUCAAUCCAAGGACUUGCACAUCAUAUGAUCAAAAUUUGCACAAAUCAUAUCAAGCUGGUGCUGGGGAAGGAGAUAUCAAUUCUCUAGCCAUGCCUCCAAGUAUGCUUGGUGAGAAAUUUGAGGAAAUUUAUGAUGUCAUCUUAAUUUUAGAUGAUCGAGAAAAUUUCGGAUCUCGCUCAAGAAAAAUUGUUGACAUGAUACAAUCACAGUUUAAUAUUCUUGUUGAGGUCAGACGCUUGCCUGUUGGAGAUGGAAUUUGGGUUGUACGGCAUAAAAAAUCUCACGCUGAGUAUGUGCUUGACUUUAUUGUUGAGAGGAAAAGAGUUGAUGAUCUAUUUAGCUCCAUCAAGGACAACCGAUACAGAGAUCAGAAACUGCGACUGCAGAGAUGUGGGCUUCGAAAGAUGAUCUAUCUCGUUGAAGGUGAUCUGAGUACACUGGAAGCUGCUGAAAGCAUUAAAACAGCCUGUUUCACAACAGAAAUUUUAGAAGGAUUUGAUGUUCAGAGAACCAGUGGCUUUGCUGACACUGUUAGGAGAUACGGAUUUCUGUCACUAUCAAUAAAGCAGUAUUACAGUGCACAAUUCUCCAUGCAGAAUGCUAGAAGCCAGGGAGCUUGUCCAAUCUUUAAUGAAUUUGUUAAAAGAUGUCAAGACCUUGAGAAGAUUACUGUCAGUGAUGUAUUUUCUCUCCAGCUGAUGCAGGUUCCCCUAGUAACAGAAGAUAUUGCUCUAUCUGUUAUAGAUCUAUAUCCGACUGUCUUAGCCCUAGCUCGUGCAUACUCUUUGCUUGUGGGAGGGUGAUAUCCGUGCCCAGGAAGAAAUGUUGAAGAAUCAGAACAAAACUAUCAGCAGCGGUGCCAGUAAGAACAUCUUCAAGCUGGUUUGGGGUUCUUGAUGCUUUCGAUCUGACUUUGGUGCUUGCCAUUAUCUUCUGCUGGUCUGUGUGCUCGGGAAGAAAUUUUAAAGAGUCAAAGUAAAACUUUUAGCAGCAACGCUAACAAGAACAUCUUCAAGCUGGUUUUGGGGUUAUCGAAAGGACGCCAUUGCUUGCAAGGAUAACAAGAUAGAACAGGUACCAUUUUGAAUUCUAAGUUAGUGAAUAGCAUAAGCACACCACAAAGAGUAGGGUUUUGCUUUCAUUCUGAUCAUCCUUAUGAUGCAAACUGUGUACCAACAGAACAAAUUACAUGAUUUCAGUAAUUUUAUUCAAUUAAAGGAGAUUUUCUGUCUAGAA